AUGCAGAUGGCUCACUGGCAAGAUUUCCAUUUGACAAUAGAGCCAGAGGAUAGCACAGUUAUUGAAGAAAAUGCAACUCCUCAGCCGGCAUUUUGCAAUCUAGUGGAUACGCGGCACUACGCCCGUGUAGAGAUUGGCUUUGAUCCAUCCAAAAGCCAGUUCCAAUUCCACAGGAACAAAAAACUCGAAACUGAGCCUGGGCCUGGGCGUGGAGAAAGCCUUGCUGAUGUGCUACGCGGAUUCCAACUACUACCCAAAGAUAAAAUCAUACUAGCAUACACCAUUGCGCAGGCUUAUCAUCACUUCUACGACUCAGACUUGAUGCGUAUCAAGUGGACGAGCGAGAAGAUUUGGUUCAUGCCUCCUACUGAAGAGAAUGAUGAGAUAUUCUUGCGACCAUACUUGAUAUUCCCAUUUGGAACGAGGGACGACCCAGAAGAAGAUUUUGUAGAUGAUGCAAGGCUAGUUCACCAGCAUCCCCGGAUUCUGGCUAUUGGGACGUUGCUGCUGGAAAUUGGACUUUCCAAGCCUUUUCAAUCUGUUCCCCAACGCAAUAGGAUCUCACAAGCCAACCGCGACCAUAAAAUCGCUGACGAUUGGUUAAAAAAUUUCAAAAAAGUUGAAUGGGGUGGGCUUAAGGACAAAUCGAUCUUUGAUAAAGCGAUUGAAUACUGCAUUCGAGAAGGCAAAAUGCUUGUUGAUAGGCAGAACAAACUCGGCCCAGUUGGCAAAGGUACAGAUUCGUCGGCUAAAACAUUGCUGGAUAAACAAGAAGGCAUUUUGGCACGAAGAAAGAAAUUUUACAAGAAUGUGGUGCGUCCGCUAAAGUACCUUGCCGAGACUGGCUUUGGACAUAAAAUUGGAAACACACUUAGCAUACGCAGGAAACCAAGAGCAGUCCCUUUAGAUACAGGGUUGCCGGACGAACUAUCCAAGCUUGAGGCAUCGUUUCAUUCUGGGAAUACGGUAAAGCCCAAGGAGUGGCUUAAAGAUUUAAAUUCCAUCGGCACGAUAAUUGAACGGCAACGGCGAACCCACGGAGUGAGAACAGCGAUCCGCGUAGCAAUCUUAGAUACUGGCAAUGACGAAGGCGAUAACGGCAGCGCAUCAUGGCAUAUUAAGAGUAAACGAGACUUUGCGGACGGCUCGGCCAUCAAUAUGACUGACACAUUUGGUCACGGCACCUUGAUGGCAAGACUCGUUAGGCAUUGUACCCCUUCAGCUGAGAUCAUUAUAGCCCGUGUGGCGAAGAACACAAAAGAUCUGGAAGCUAGCCAGGAAAACAUCAAAGAGGCAAUUCUAUGGGCCGGUGUGGAAUGCCAGGCUGAUGUCAUUUCCAUGUCCUUUGGAUUCCCAAGAGAUCAUAAAGGCAUUGACAAUGCCAUCAAGUCAGUCCAAGCGCAGCGAGAAGGGUCUGUGAUAUUCUUAGCGAGUGCUGGCAACUCCUCUUUUGAGGAUGAAAACUUUCCUGCUCGUCACUCUUCGGUGAUAUCUAUAUAUGCUGCCAAUUGUCGCGGCACUUUCAUGGAGACAAAUCCUCGGCUGCCUGACGGGGCUGCUGCUAUAUGGGGCACCUACGGAAGUGACGUUCCAGACAAAUUCUGCGCAGAUAUACAGGCGAAGCAUCCUGGGGUUUGCCAACCGGGAUCAUCAAUUGCCACAGCCGUAGCAGCGGCUAUCUGCUCUACUAUGAUUGCGUAUGCUGAUCUUUUGCCCUGUCUCGAGCCAUCUGCAAAGGGAGACCAUGAGUUAUCCCGACUUAAGCUGCUUCGAAGAAAGAGCGGCAUGGAAGCGCUGUUCAAGUCCAUGGCGAAAAAAAAUGACGGCAGUAGGAUGUGGUUUGUAGACCCAAUAUCGUUCUGGAGGGAUACAUCAGACCAAGACUCUGCCAAGCAUCUUACGAGAUUCUCUGUGAUCCAUUCAUGUCUGCAACGUGUCAGCUCUCAGCAGGCAAAUACGUCUUGA